AUGGCAUCAUCCAGUGAAAGCGACGGAGGUGCCGUCGAUCCUAAAGUAACUUUGGCACUUCGCACGAAGGCGAAACGUGCUCACACUCGGAGAGCAAAUAAAUUGAGCUCGUUGAUUGAACAAGCGGCCCCAAAUGAAGAGGUAGCAGUAGCCCUAGCUGUGCUAGAAGAAGCAUAUAUUGAAGCGACUACAUUGAAUGGCAAAUACAAGCUAACUGAGAAUCUUAGCAAGGAGCAACAAUUAGCAGCCACUCAAUGGGAGUCAGAAGUGUCGGAGCUGUUUAACGGAUGCAGAAAUGCAGCACAAGUAUAUCUACGAAAGGAGAAGAGGGACAAGCCGACAGACAGCGACGAUGGGCCGGUAAAUGCCAAGAAAAGAAGAAUCGAGUUGGAGCAUCAACGCCAACAAGUAGCCAUUGAAGAGCAGCGUAAAUUGGAAGACGUGCGCCAACGGAGCAAGCGAGAACAAGAAGACCUUACCUUGCAGAUCGAGUUCCACCGCCAGUUGGAAGGCCUUACAUCUACAUUUACACCGGGUUUGUCAUCGACGAUGCUGAAUGUUGCGCCGGAGGAAGAGAAGAUACCCACAGGUUGUUGGCCCAAGAUAACCAUCAAGCCGUUCAACGGGGACCCACGGACAUGGCCAGAAUUCUCACUAUCAUUUAAAGCUGUAGUUCAUGAUAGUCGCAUGCCUGACUUAAUGAAAAUGAUAGCCCUGCGCGACAAUCUGGAUCCUGAGGUUAGAAGAAGAGUAUCAAAUCUUUUUAGUUCUUCGGCCGUAUACAACGAAACUUGGGAAACACUCAACAAUCGAUUUGGGAACGUUCAAGUGAUUAUUCAUGCGCACAUCCAGGAAUUGCUAGCGCUCCAGCCAUUUAAGUCAGGAGACUUAAGAGCCCUUAUCAACAUGGCCGCGUUGGUAAAAGACGCAGUAACGAGUGUUGAUCAGCAGGGCGCAACGUCCUACUCGAACAUCGUGAGCCAAUUGGUACAAGUCCUCCCGAAUGAGCUGCAGAGAGAAUGGGGCAGAUUUGCCUAUCCACUUAGACCCAAGAUCCCUGGAUUGGCAAAUUUCGACCGAUGGAUCGAAGGAAUCGUCGGAGCGGAAGAAUUUAUGGGCGGUUCAACUAGUUCGAAAAUACCCCAUCCUCCUAGUAACCGCCAAGUAAAAUUCGGGCCAACGGUCAUGGCGACGGUCCUAAAAUCACCGCCGGCUAAAAGUAAUGCAUGCGGAGUGUGCAAAUCAGAUCCAGGACAUCCGCUAGCAUUCUGCCAGGUGUUUAUUGACCUCUCACCUACACAACGAGCUGAAGCGGUGGUGAAAACGGAUAAUUGCUUCAGGUGCCUUGGAAGAAAUCAUUAUUCUGCCAGCUGCAAGAAAUCAAAAAAGUGCACUGUAACCGACUGCGAUCAAUGGCAUCACCCGCUAUUGCAUGGAUCCGGAAGAGUGUUUCCUCGUCGGCAAGGUAAUUUAACUGGCAAAUCCGAUCGUCUAUACAUAAGUCGUCCUGUUUAUAUUGCCCUUGUGCCAAUGCUAAUCCGAGUGAAGGGUCGCAUCUUUCACACAUUGGGCCUACUAGAUCCAGGCAGCGAAGCUACCUUGAUUCUCGAAGACUUGGCGUCAAAAAUCGGUUUAAGUGGAACAAGUGAUUCGUUGUACUUCGGUUCGUGCUUAGAGUCCAAACUUAUUCACACGCAGCUGGUAAAAUUCGACAUACUCUCGGUGGAUAGGAAGUUCGAAUUUUGCGUGGAAGAAGCAAUCGUCGUGCAUUCUAUCAAAGGUUCAGAAAGGAAGAUAGACUGCCCAAAGAUGAAGUUUCUUUGGGAGCAUCUGGCUGAUUUGGAUUUGCCGGAAAUAAAUUCAAACUUCGUGGGCGUUCUCAUCGGGAUGGAUGUAGACGAGGCUCACCUUCGGCUAGCUACUAGGACGUCUCAAGAAAGUUCGGGGGCCCCAAAGGGAAUUUUGACACCGUUCGGAUGGGCAGUGGUUGGACGCAUACCAUCAUCUAUUUUAAAGGGUCCAAAUAAGAAGACGGAGAUGCGGUGCCUUGCAGUCGGAAUCGAAAGUGCGGAGAGUGUUAGCUUUGUGGAAAUGGUCGAGAGUUUCUACACCACGGAAGCAUUCGGCACAACAGUGACCGAUAUGAAAUUGUCGGAAGACGACGCCGCAGCGCUCAACAUUUUAAAUUCGUCCAUCAAGAAUAUUGGCAAUCGGUUUGAGGUUAGCUUAUUAUGGAAACCGUCGGCUGUUAGAUUACCAAACAAUCGAAAUUGCGCAUUCCAGCGGUUGGUGUCAGUGGAGAAACGGCUUUUGAAGAAUAAGGAUAUAGCAGAGCGGUACACCAAAGCUAUAGAAAAAUACGUACUCGACGGCCACGCUCGGCUGUGA